AUGUCGCAGCUGUAUCCGCGGCUCCAGGUCUUACCCGAGGAGCUCGCGGCGCUCCAGUACCAUCCGAAGUGCAUCCGGAACAUCUGCGUCCUCGCGCACGUGGAUCACGGAAAGACCACGCUGUCAGACCACUUAAUCGCCAGCAACGGUCUAAUCCACCCGCGGCUCGUCGGAAAGCUUAGAUUCUUGGACUGGCGGGAAGAUGAGCAGCGGCGCGGGGUUACUAUGAAAAGCUCGUCGAUUGCGCUGCUGUUUAAACGGCACGCCGCGUCGCCGGGUGGGACGGCGGGGGGAAAGGCGCAGCAAGCGGAGGGCGGAGUGGAAGGGGGGAAGGGGGGAGGCGUGGGGGAAGGCGGAAAGACAGGGCCGCAGAAUGGUUUGGAUGAUAAAUAUCUGAUCAACCUCAUUGACUCCCCGGGACACAUUGACUUCUGCAGUGAGGUGUCAACAGCAGCGCGGGUGUCGGACGGAGCAGUGGUGUUGGUGGAUGCAGUCGAGGGGGUCCACAUACAGACGCACGCUGUGCUGAGACAGGCCUGUCUGGAGCGCCUGCAGCCUGUACUCGUUAUUAACAAGAUGGACAGGCUUAUAACGGAGCUGAUGCUCACUCCUGCGGAGGCCUACGAACGGCUCAAGCUGGCGCCACGUCAGCAGGCCAUCCAGCUGACGCCGACGGGGAAGCAAGCGGGGGAGGAGCAGGAGAAGGGCAAGGGAGGGGGGGUGGGGGAGGGGGAGGAGGAGGAGGAUGAGGAGGAUGUGUUUUCCCCAGACAAGGGGAAUGUGGCAUUGGCAAGUGCGGUGGAUGGGUGGGCUUUAAGAGUGAAUGACUUUGCAGCCAUGUAUGCAAGAAAGCUUGGGGCGUCUGAAAAUGCCCUCAUGAAGGCUUUGUGGGGGGACUGGUACUAUAUUCCCAAGACCAAGAAAAUUCUGAAAAAGAAAGCAGCGCAGGCGGCAGUGGGCGGCGCAUCUUCGUCUGCCGCCGCCCGGCUGCGGCCGAUGUUUGUCCAGUUUGUGCUGGAGCCCCACAAGGAUCCUCGCACCGUCGCCCAAUCAGUGAUCGCCAGGUGGCUGCCUCUCGCGCCCUGCAUUCUAUCCAUGGUGGUGGAUUGCCUUCCCGACCCUGUUGCCGCCCAGAAAGACAGGCUCGGGUGCUACCUGCCGAAUCGGCCCGCCGUACCAGCUUCGUUAGACAGGUCUGGGGAAGCGGGAGCGGGAGAGGAGGAGGGAGGGGAGGAGUCGGUGUUGCGCCAGGUGGCGGCGGUUGAUAGGGCGGUGGAGACGUGUGAUUCGAGCGAAGAGGCCCCGUGUGUGGUGUUUGUGUCUAAGAUGUUUGCUGUGCCAUAUGAAAUGCUUCCAAGGGAGGAGCAGAGAGCAGAAGAGGAAGCAGCUGCUGCAGCAGCAGCAGCAGGAGGAGGAGGAGGAGGAGCAGGAGGAGGGGGAGGAGCAGUGGGGGGAGGAGUGGGGUCGGGAGGAGAUUUAGCUUCAGUGGACGAUUUAGGAGUGUCAGUGCGUGAUCGCGACUUCUUUUUCGCGUUUUCCCGUGUCUUCUGCGGGCGGCUGCGGGCGGGGCAGCGCGUCUUUGUCCUUUCCCCGCUCUACGACCCGUGCCGCCCGGCGACGUGGGCACGGCACAGACAAGAGGCGCAAGUGGGCGCACUGUUCAUGAUGAUGGGGCAGGGGCUGCAGCCAAUCAGCAGCGUGCCAGCUGGCAGCUGCGUGGCGAUCAAGGGAUUAGAGGCGUGCAUUCUGAAGAGUGCGACUGUGUCUUCAACUCCCUACUGCCAGCCAUUCGCUUCCAUGGUGUUCCAGAGGACCCUCGCCAUCUGCCCCUCCUCGCCCAGAGACUGCGCCUUCUCAACCGCGCAGAAACUUUGUGGAAGUGGAGCUGGCUCGCUCCGGAGAGCAUGUGGUGGGGGCGGCGGGGGAGGUGCAUCUGGAGCGGUGCAUCAAGGACCUGCAGAGCCCACCUCACUCACUCGUCUCAACAAGCACUCUCCACCCUUUCCUGCCUCCAUCCCUCUCCCACCCGUACCCCAGGCUGCCCCUAUUGUCCGUGUCGCCAUCGAGCCAGAAGACCCUCGCCACCUCCCCCUCCUCGCACGCGGCCUCCGUCUAUUAAACCGUGCCGACCCCUUCGUAGAAGUCGUACUGGCUCGCUCAGGGGAGCACGUGGUGGGAGCAGCAGGGGAGGUGCAUCUGGAGCGGUGCAUCAAGGACCUGCAGGAGCGCUUCGCCCGCAUCAAGCUCGUCGUGUCCAAGCCCAUCGUUUCCUUUCGAGAAACCAUCGCCCCCUCGGGAUAUGCGACUGGCUCUGCGAGUGCGAGUGCAUCCGGGUCUGAGAGUGCGUUGGUGUUUCCUACCACGGUGCUUACGGUUACCACCACUCCGGGACCCCCUCCUAGCCUCUCAUCACUGCCUGGUGCUGGUGGUGCUGGGGUUGAUGGGAUGAACAGCAGUGGGAACUCAGCAUCCCCCUUAGCAGCAGCUUCGUUAUCUCACCUAGCAGCGCUGGCAGCAAAUUCUGCUGCGUCUGCUGCCUCUGGAGCGGCCAUACCACUAGGCUUCGGCCUUGGUUACGCGCUUGCGGUUACCACCACAAGCACUGGUUUUGCUGCCGGUGGCAGUGCUGGUAAUAGCAUUAGUGGCAGCGGUGCUGGUUCCAUGGGUAACCCUGCUCAUCCCUCAUCAGCAGGAGCGGGAGGGGGAGGGGCAGCAGCAGGGGCAGGUUUACCCGGGGGAGGUGCUUUCUGGACGGAGCUCUGGGCGGCAAACGGGCGGUGCCGGGUGAGGGUGCUCGUUGAGAAGCUUCCUGGAAAGCUGGCAGCGGUUUUGGAGAGAGAAGGGGAGACUCUGAGGGAUGCGCUUGUUGAAGAGGGAGGAGGUGUGGGGGGCGGAGGCAAGGGAGGAGGAGGAGGAGGAGGAGGGGCAGAAGGAGCAGGAGGGGAAGGAGAAGGAGAAACGUCAGCACCAUCAGAAAAUUCAACUCAGUCAAUGCAGUCAAUGCAGCAGUCAAGGCAGUCAGCCACUCUAGCAUCCCUAAGGCAACGCCUCCUAGAAGCCAUAGGCGAGGCAGACAUAGACGAGGGCUUGGACGCAUCUGGGGGAGGAUCAUCUGCCGCCUCUGCUUCUGCCGCUGCCUCUUCGUCUUCAUCUGCAGGGAACCAGCCAAUGGGAGCGGAGGCGAGGCGGGCGGCAGUGGCGGAUUUCCAGGCGGCAUGGAGGAGCAAACUGGAGAGAAUCUGGUCGCUAGGGCCGAGACACGUCGGCCCAAACUUGCUCCUUGCUCCCAUUCCUGUGAAUCCCAGUGGGAAUAGUACAGAUAAUUCUAGUGGGAACAGUACUGGUCAUUCUAGGUCAGGCGUUUCUGGGAGCUUGCCAGCUGGUGGUGUGGUUGUUCCCGGGCUGCCGGAAGCUUCCUGGAAACUCGGGCUGGCAAGCGCAGGUGCUGUGCAAGGUGGUGCGGAAGGAAUGGGGAAAGGGGUGGGAGGGUCGAAUGGUGCGGUUAGUGCAGCAGAUGGGGAGGAGCGGGAGGAGAAGGAGGAGAGGGAGAGUGGUGCUGUUGUUGGUGAUGCUCCUGUUAGCCCCUCUAGUGCGCCAGAGCAUGAAGUGGUGCUGCGGAACGAAGCCGCUGGUGAGACGUCUCAAAAGGAACAUGAUGACGUGGCACUGCAGCACGAAGCGGAGGGAUUGGCCGGGUCGGUGGUGAGUGGCUUCCAGCUCGCCACGUCAGCAGGCCCUCUGUGCGAGGAGCCCCUGUGGGGGCUGGCGUUCACUGUAGAGGUUGUGAUUGUAAAGGGCGCUGGCCGCCCAGGAGCAGCCUUCAGUAGUAUCACUAGCAGCAGCAGCGGCACCAGCAGCAGCGAGCAGCAGGCUAGUGACGACACAGCACCAGCACAGAACGUGCCUGCAUCGAGUGUGCCUAUAUCAGGGCAGGUGAUGAGUGCAGUGAAGGACGCGUGCAGAGCAGCAGUAGCAGCCAACUCCCCUCGGCUGGUAGAAGCCAUGUUUCUGUGCGAGGUCACCACCACCACUGAGGCAUUAGGGGCUGUGUAUGCGGUGCUGGGGAGGAGGAGAGCAGCCGUGGUGAGGGAGGAGAUGAAUGAGGGAUCGGGGAUGUUCACUGUGCAUGCGCAUUUGCCCAUGGCAGAGUCGUUUGGGUUUGCAGAGGAGUUGAGAGGCAGGACGUCCGGUGCUGCCAGCCCGCAGACGACUUGA